AUGUAUAAAGUAGGCGACCAACCGGCGAUUGGCCAUCAGUCGUCUGCAGCUGGUGAUAAGAGCAGUGAGCGCUGUCCGGAGUGUCGUGCAACCCGCGUGUCUGUCGGAAUCAUGGUCGAAAUGAGCUACCUGAGGAUAUUCCUAAUCCUUCUUGUUCUGGGCUGUCCUGCGAUCGACGGACAGGAACGUGAAGCUGGAACCGUGUCUGAAACUCCUGCUGGCCAACAAUCGGUCGAAGCGCAAUCCUCACCAUCGGAAGGACUCCCAGUGGCUAGUCAGGAUAAGCGAAACACCAAGCGACACCUAUCACUCGGAUUUGGACACGGCUAUGGUGGAGGAGUUGGAUUUUCGGCCGGCGUCGGGUAUGGUUCAGGUGUCGGAGCAGGAUAUGGUUCGGGUGUCGGAGUAGGAUACGGUUCGAGUCUCGGCUACGACGCCGGUUACGGAUAUGGUGCCGGCUAUGGUGCUGGAUAUGGUUCCGGAUAUGGUGGAUACGGUUACGGUGCCGGAUACGGAGCUCGGUUCCGUGGAUACGGCGGAUAUGGUGGAGGAUACGGAGCAAGCUAUGGUUCCGGUUACGGUGGGUUCGGUGGUUAUGGAGCGACCGGAUUCCACGGAUUUCACGCACAUUACGCCAAACCCAUCGUGACCGCGACGAUCAAGGAGCACAUCCCAGUAGCGAUUCCAAAGCCAUACCCGGUGUUUGUGAAGAAAACCGUCCCCGUUCCGGUUCCCAUCCACCGGCCAGUACCAUAUCCGGUGUUUGUGAAGAAAACCGUUCCAGUUCCGAUCGUUGUGUCACAUCCCGUGCCCGUACCGAUCACGAAACACGUGCCAGUACCCGUCCCACAACCGUACCCGGUGUCAGUACCACAUCCGGUACUGGUGAAGGUCCCAACUCCGGUUGUCGUGGCUAAACCCGUCGUGGCGUAUUCACCGAUCGUUAGUCCACCAGCCGUCGUCAGUACGCCCAUAGUGAGCACGCCCAUAGUGAGCACGCCCAUAGUGAGCACACCGAUCGUGAGCACGCCGAUUGUGACCAGUGCUGGACAUAUUUCCGUUUCCGACCAUGGCGUACACCAAACGCACCAUUCGCACUCACACUACGGCAGUGGGGCGUACAAAGCGUACACUUCCGGUGCCGCGGGUCAUUUCGCUGGAGGACACUACGGAAGUGCGGGAACGAGCGGUAUUCACUUCGGUUCCGGAUCGUACGGUGGUGCGGCUCAUUAUGGAGCUCACUACGGUACGGGUGCUGGCCACUAUUCGGGGCAUCUUUCCGCUGGAGUCCUGUGUGAUCACUAG